AUGGAUCAUCAAGGGCAUGGGCAUGGUCAGAACCCAUCUCUGGGAGUUGUUGGAAGUGGACCUCAACUCACUUAUGGUUCUAAUCCAUACCAAGCCAGUCACAUUACAGGCUCACCUGGGAUGGUUGUUGCAUCACCUGGGAGCAUUCAAUCCACUGGUCAACCAGCUACAAAUCAGCUAGGACAGCAUCAACUUGCUUAUCAGCACAUGCAUCAGCAACAGCAGCAGCAGCUGCAGCAAAGACUCCAAGCCUUUUGGGCAAAUCAAUAUCAAGAGAUUGAAAAAGUGACUGAUUUCAAAAACCACAGCCUUCCCUUGGCAAGAAUAAAAAAGAUUAUGAAGGCCGAUGAGGAUGUCAGAAUGAUAUCAGCUGAAGCACCAGUCAUAUUUGCAAGGGCAUGUGAAAUGUUCAUAUUGGAGUUAACCUUGCGUUCUUGGAAUCACACCGAAGAGAAUAAAAGGAAAACACUUCAAAAGAAUGAUAUUGCAGCAGCCAUCACAAGAACUGAUAUCUUUGAUUUCUUGGUUGAUAUUGUGCCUCGGGAGGACUUGAAAGAUGAAGUGCUUGCAUCAAUGCCAAGAGGAACUGUACCUGUUACAGGGGCUCCUGAGGCACUUCCUUACUGCUAUAUGCCACCUCAACAUGCUCAAGUUGGAGCUGCUGGUGUCAUGAUGGGUAAUAAGCCUGUGAUGGACCCUUAUGGUCAACAGUCUCAUCACUACAACAUGGCACCACAAAUGUGGCCACAACCACCAGAGCAACAACAAUCAUCUCCAGACCAGUAG